UAAAGGUACUGUACUUUCGUUUUAGCAGAAGGCAAGUAGGCGGGAGAGAGUCAGGAUCUCCGGUUCUUUUGAAGGUUCUGGACGCGCCAGGAUGAGUCAGUGGUGCAGACUGCAACAGCUGGAUUCUAAAUUCUUGGAACAUGUGCAUCAGCUCUACGAUGAUACCUUUCCUAUGGAGAUCAGGCAAUACUUGGCACAGUGGCUAGAAAGCCAAGAUUGGGACUAUGCUGCUGAAGACGUUUCAAUGGCUACGUUGCUCUUCCAGAAUCUCCUGUCACAGCUGGAUGAUCAAUAUAGCCGUUUUACCCAGGAGAACAAUUUUUUAUUGCAACACAACAUCAGAAAGAGUAAACGAAACCUCCAGAAUACUUUCGUGGAAGAACCCAUGUAUAUGGCCUUGAUGAUCUCCAAAUGUCUCCAAGAAGAAAGGAAGAUCCUUAAAUCUGCAGAGUCCACAGAUCAGAUGCAAACGGACAAUGUGCAAAACACUGCGCUGUUGGGCAAAGUGAAAGAGUUGGAUGCAAAAGUCACACAUGUGAAGAAUCUUGUCAUAGAAAUAGAGCAAAUGAUAAAAAAUCUCGAGGAUGUUCAAGAUGAAUAUGAUUUCAAAUGUAAAACCUUUCAAGUCAGAGAAUGUGAACCCAACGGCAUGAGCCAGGAUGACUAUAAAAAGGAAAAAGUACAGCUCCACACCAUGUAUUUGCAGCUUCACAGUAAGAGACAGGAUGUGCUACACUUGAUAUCCUCUUCGUUGCCUGUGAUUGAAAAUACCCAAAAUGCUCUGAUAAUAGAAGAGUUGGUUGAAUGGAAGCAUCGACAACAGAUGGCUUGUAUUGGCGGCCCACCCAACGCCUGUCUAGAUCAGCUUCAAAACUGGUUUACUACAGUGGCUGAGAGUCUUCAGCAGAUUCUUCAGCAACUUAAAAAACUGGAGGAGCUGGAACAGAAAUUCACCUAUGAAGCUGAUCCCAUUACCCAACAGAAGAAAGGGCUGUAUGAGCGGACAUGGAGUCUCUUCAAGCAACUCAUUCAAAGCUCUUUUGUUGUAGAAAGACAGCCUUGCAUGCCUACGCAUCCUCAGAGACCAUUGGUUCUGAAGACUGGAGUACAAUUUACAGUAAAGUUGAGAUUGCUGGUGAAGCUCCAAGAGCUGAAUUACAAAUUGAAAGUGCAAGUGCAGUUUGAUAAAGAUGUCAAUGAGAAAGUCACAGUGAAAGGAUUUAGAAAAUUCAACAUCUUGGGAACAAAUACCAAAGUAUUGAACAUGGAAGAGUCAAAUGGGAGCCUCUCAGCAGAAUUUAGACACCUGCAAUUAAAAGAGCAAAAGAAUGUUUCAAGAUCUAAUGAGGGCCCUCUCAUUGUAACUGAAGAACUCCAUUCGCUCUGUUUUGAGACAACAUUGGAACAGAAUGGCCAUGUAAUUGAAUUGGAAACCCUUUCCCUUCCAAUUGUUGUGAUCUCAAACGUCAGCCAAUUACCAAGUGGAUGGGCUUCCAUUUUAUGGUACAAUAUGCUGAUGAAUGAACCCAAGAAUUUGUCCUUCUUCCUUAAUCCACCAUGUGCAAGAUGGUCACAGCUUUCUGAAGUGCUGAGCUGGCAGUUUUCUUCUGUCACAAAAAGGGGACUCAGUACAGAUCAGCUGGAAAUGAUCGGAGAGAAGUUGCUUCCAAAUGGAUGUACUCCAGAUGGCCUUAUUUCAUGGGCAAGAUUCUGCAAGGAAAACCUGAACGAUAAAAAUUUUUCCUUUUGGCUGUGGAUUGAAGGGAUCCUUGAACUGAUUAGGAAACACUUGCUCUUCCUCUGGAACGAUGGGCACAUCAUGGGCUUUGUCAGCAAGGAGCAAGAGCGCAUCCUGCUUAAGGAUAUGGAGCCUGGGACGUUUCUUUUGAGGUUCAGUGAAAGUAGUCGAGAAGGAGCGAUCACUUUCACCUGGGUGGAAGGGCCAGAAAACAAUCCAUCCUUCCACUCUGUAGAGCCCUAUACAAGAAAGGAACUCUCUGCAGUCAGCCUGCCAGAUAUCAUUCGCAAUUACAAAGUGAUGGCGGCAGAGAAUUUUCCCGAGAACCCCCUGAAGUAUCUGUAUCCAGCCACUCUCAAAGACAAUGCCUUCGGAAAAUACUACUCUAGACAAAAAGAGUCUUCGGAGCCCAUGGAUGUGGAUGGUAAAGGCAAAGGAUACAUCAGAACUGAACUAAUCUCUGUAUCUGAAGUCCACCCUUCCAGAUUGCCUGGCCCCGAGGCCCUUCUGCCUAUGUCCCCAGAAGAAUUUGAUCAGGUAGUGCAAGAGGUAACUUCUGCAGAAAUUAUGAUGUGUACAGAAUGUACGCCGUGAACUCUGGCUAGGCCAGCUGGCAUAAAAUAGGAUCCGUAGGAGUUUCAUCACUUAGCUCUUAAGCAGCUUUAUAUCUUGUAGUAUGGUGUGUACUCUGGUUUACAGCAAGAGUGGCUUGAAUCUUCAGAAAUGCUUACUUGCUACUAAAAAUAUUUAUCUAGUAAUCAAUUACGUAGCUGUUUUCGUGAUGUCGUGUUCAAUAAUAUUUCCAGCUUUUAUAUGUAAGGUUGCUUAGGCUCAGUUGGACCCGUGUGUGAAAAGUUACAGGUCUCCAACUCCUCUGGAGACCGUUUGAGUCCGAACAAUCUAGGAUUAUCUUUUUAUCUUGAGGUAAAUCUUGGGGUAGUUCUUGCUGCCAUACCACUCAACUUUCAGGAGUUGCUGCCCCCACCCCCAGCACUAGCCAGUCAGUACAUUCCAACAGCCUCUGCUGCCCUUCUGAUGAAUAAAAGGUAAAAAUGAAUGAAUUUCUAUAACACAGUUUCCUUGGGAGACUGUAAUAAUUUCAACUUUCUUUCCCCGGUCCUCUCAAGCAUUAAAAUCUAAGCUAACAUUCAUUUUCACAGUAACUCUCAAAUACUGCAAUUAAUUCCAGUUUACAAAAAUGCAUGCACUUCUUUUAGCAGAUCAUAAGAUGGUACUGGCUCACUGUAAUCAGUGAGCUCGGGAGAAAGACUGCUGGUCAAGUUACUUGCUCCCAAGAAAUAUUAAAAGAGAAAAGAGACUCUUGAAAUCUCUGAAAUUGCACAGAAAGCCCUACAUUUGUGGAGAAUAGGAAUAAGAGAAUAAGGAUUCUCACAUGCACAAAAAUAAUUAUGAUUUUAAAGGCAAAGUCUAAGAGCAAUUACCUGUUCCUUAGAGGUAACAUAAAUCCUGAAGCAAAGUGUCCCUGAAUCUUUUUGGCCUCUUCAGAUAAUUUUAACCACAUAUCGAACUGGUCAGAACUAGUAGGCAUAAUUUAUUUUUCCUAGUCUAGGCACUCCAGCAACUGCUUCCUAUGCUGCUACAGAAAUUGGCAAAAGCAAUCCGAGUAUACACCACUGGCAUUUGUUAUAAUAUUAAAUUGCGUGUAAUGUGGUCUUUGUUAUCCAAAACAAAUCCCUUGGGUGUCCAAUCGCACUUGGCCAAUAAAUUCUAUUCUAUUCUA